GAUCCAUCACCGAUUUCCUGCACCAGGUCGAUUGUCCUUCCAAAACUCGUCAGUUGUUAGCUACGUGCAGAAGGUGAAACAUGUUCAAAAACUUUGGACUUCGGGAUUUAGCCAUGAUGGCGGUUUGUUUAGAUGAAGAGGAAAGUCAGACAUCUCUGGAGGACAGUGGGAAACGGAGAAUUUGGGUCCAUUCUGCAUGGAAGGAAAGAUCCUCAGAAGGAGAGUUUUCCACGAUCAUGCCUCAUCUGUUGGACGACGAGACGAAAUUUUACCAAUAUUUUCGAAUGUCAAAGUCAACGUUCGACCAGUUGGAGCUCGAACUUAGAGAAACAAUAACCAAGCAAGACUCGUACUUCAGACAACCGAUCAGUCCUACACAGCGUUUGGCUGUUUUUUUGAGGUUUCUAGCUACGGGAGAUACAUUUAAGACAAUAUCCUUCAGCUACAGGUUGGGAAGAAGUACAGUUGCUUCUAUCGUUCAUCAUACGAGCCAAGCAGUUAUUGAGGUUCUUUUGAACAAAGUUAUGCCAGUUCCCGAUGAGGACAAGUGGAAUGAAAUAGCAGCCGAAUUUUGGGACAGGUGGCAGUUUCCCAAUUGCAUCGGUGCAAUGGAUGGUAAGCAUGUGAAGAUACAAGCACCAAAGUCGUCGGGAAGUCUUUACUGGAACUACAAGAAAACGUACUCCAUUGUUCUUCUAGCACUAGCUGAUCCGUGCUACAAUUUUAUUUUUGUUGACGUGGGGAGCUACGGAAGGAACGCAGACAGUGGUGUAUUUUCGAAAUCCAAUUUCGGGAAAAAAAUGCUCCGAAAUGAACUAAAUAUCCCAGGGAACAAGUGUCUUCCAGGUACAAACACUGAACUUCCAAUGGUUGUAGUGGCCGAUGAGGCUUUCCCUCUCACAAACAACAUCAUGAGACCCUAUCCUGGGAAGAAUUUGACGAAAGAACAAAGAAUCUUCAACUACCGAUUGAGUAGGGCUAGGAGGAUAUCCGAAAAUGUGUUCGGCAUUUUAGUGCAAAAAUUCCGUAUGUUCCUCAGGCCUCUCCAGGGAAAUCCUGAUAACAUAACGAGAAUUAUUCUCGCAGCGUGCAUUUUGCACAACUUUAUUCGAAAUCACGAAGGCUGGAAAGUGCCAGAACUCACUCAAGGUACUGAUGACACAACUCCAGGAGAGAGAUCUCGUCUUCAGAGCUUCCCUCGUCGACGAGGAAGGGAAAACCACGAAGCCUUUGAUGUGAGGGAACAGUUUAAAGAAUUCUUCAAUUCCCCGGACGGUAGUGUGGAGUGGCAAGAACGAGUUCUCAUGAUGUAAUUUGAAUUGAUUUACAUUCUU